AGCUGAGCAUACGUUGAAAUUCAUUUCAAUACAUUUAUUGACUUGUGGGAGAAACAAACAGAGCUCGAUCAUAUUCAUAUAAAUAGAAAUUCCGGUGAUACAACACAACUGAUAAAAAUUUAAAAAUUCCGAAACCAUAUCAACCGCUCGAAGUUUAUAAACUAUUUAGGUUGCCAAACAUGGGAACGCCGAUUUAUUGUGAUUUGGGCAAAUUGGCUCGAGACUUGUUUAAGGUCGGUUAUCAUCCCGGAUUAUGGCAAUUAGAUUGCAAAACAAUGACCAGUUCAGGUCUAGAGUUUUUUACCUCUGGAUUUGCAAAUCAAGAUGCCAGCAAGGUGAUGGGAUCGCUGCAAAGCAAAUAUAAAGUCGAGGAUUACGGUAUUACUCUAACUGAACGAUGGAAUACAGAGAAUCUGCUCUAUGGCCAAAUUUUGCAAAAAGAUAAAUUAGCCGAGGGUCUUAUGCUAAUGGCGGAAGCCAGUUUUCAGCCAUCUUCCGGGGACAAAUCCGCAAAAUUGAUGGCCGAUCUCGCCAAGGACAACUUCAAUAUAUUAGGAAAAGGGGGAAUUAAUAAAGGUCAACCAUUUGUGGGUGGAUCCUUGGUUGUAGCCCACAAGGAAUUCUACGGUGGGGUUGCUCUCGAUUACAAUAUUGACGACAGCAAUUUGGUAUGGAAACUUGGGUUGGGCUGGACCAAUGAAUCGACAACAAUCCACUCGGAAUUAGUCAACGCCGAGGGUUGGCUUGUCUCGCUUUUCCACAAAGCUAAUGAUCAAAUCGAUCUGGGAUUUGAGAUCGGUAAACCCAUGUCUGCCGGGGGAGGGGAAGGCGGUGAAGAACAGCAGAGCGAACUGAAUAUCGGCUUGGGAAUGAUAUAUCAUCUGGAGGCCGAUGCUCUAAUCCGGGCCAAGAUCAACAACAAAGUCGAAGUGGGCCUCGGCUAUCAGCAGAAGCUUCGCGAAGGCAUCACCAUGUCUAUAUCGACAGUCAUCGAUGGCAUGAACAUCACCGAUGGAAACCACAAGUUUGGAGUUGGCCUUUCCUUACAAUGCUAGGAACAGUUGUCCAUAUCGCCACAAAAUUUGUUGCUUUAGUUCUUGCGCUAUUUGUCACCAUUAUUUUAUUUGCAUUCUGCUGUAGUUAUUUUCUAGUAUGACUAUAAAUUUAAAUAUUAGAAUGGUA